UCAGUAGCAGGAGCGCGCCGAGCGCAUAAAUUGGGUGAGAAAGGCAGCGUGAGCAUGCUGUUAGGAGUUGUCAGCCUCAGAAUUGGAUUUCUUGAAUAUAGUUACAGUUUCGGAGCAAAUGAGAACUGGGAGGAACACGUUUCUACUCUGAGAAUAGCUUCUUCGCGGCAGCUCAAUUUAAGCGGCUGUUCAAAUUAGAUUUGAGUUAGUGUAGUCGUUUCAUUUUCGCAUGGAAUGCACCGUGGCGUCUCACUUUAGUUUUAGACAUCGUUAAUUGCGAGCGUGGAUAUUAUCUGACGCGCCGCGUAACGCGAAUACCUACAACUGAGGGGACAUCGCUGCACAUAACCUCCGAAAUACAUUAAACAAUAGAAUAACAGACACACACAUGUUUCUCUACAUGGCUUUCCGUCUCUGAACAGCGGAAACCCACACAGACGAGCCUGUGUAAUUAAAGCUUGCGGCAGCAACGCGGACGCUUAUUAUUUUUUGUUGUUGUUGCAAAGCAAUUUCUUCUCAGAGACGCGAGCGGCGCGCGCAGAAGUGUGCUGGAGCCGAGAGCGGAUCGCCUGGAGCCGGACUCCUCGCUCCUCAGGACGAUGGUGUUAGACAAGGAAGAGGGUGUGCCGAUGCUCUCCGUCCAGCCCAAAGGAAAACAGAAGGGAUGCGCCGGCUGCAACCGUAAGAUUAAAGACCGCUACCUGCUCAAGGCCCUGGACAAAUACUGGCACGAAGACUGCCUGAAAUGUGCCUGCUGCGACUGCCGCCUGGGGGAGGUGGGCUCCACCCUCUACACCAAAGCCAAUCUCAUCCUCUGUCGCAGGGACUACCUGAGGCUCUUUGGUACAACGGGGAACUGUGCAGCCUGCAGUAAACUGAUCCCAGCCUUUGAAAUGGUGAUGAGGGCCAGAGAUAAUGUUUACCAUUUGGACUGUUUUGCCUGUCAGCUUUGUAACCAGAGGUUUUGCGUGGGCGACAAGUUUUUCCUAAAAAACAACAUGAUUCUGUGUCAGAUGGACUAUGAGGAGGGGCAGCUCAACGGGAGCUUUGAGACACAAGUUCAAUAGCCAAUCAAACGACGGCAGCGGCAGCUCUCGGUCCACACACACAAACACACGCUUAUGUGCGAUGGAUGUUCUGCUGCACUCAGAGAGAAGAGCAUCUGUCUGCUUGCCUGCAAUACUUUUUACAGUAAAAGCCCUAUUGGUCCCUGAGGACUCUAUUGUAAAUGUACUACUUUUUGGCCCUUCCUGUCCCCAACACUGAGCAGUUACACGUUUUGAUGUACAGUUGUGCCUGCUUAGCUGAGCACUGUAUUGCCUGUAUGGUUUUUGUGAUGUUUUUCUGUUUUGGUCUCGAACUCUUCUUUCCUCUUUCUUUCUUUCUUUCUUUCUUUCUUUCUUUCUUUCUUUCUUUCUGUCUCUCUCUCUUUCACGCACACACUCGCUCUAUUUCUCUUGUUCUUCUAAUGCUUCUCUGAGGGUAUGUACAGUCUGUUUUCUGUAUAUAUAAACUGGAACAUUUAUUUUAUGAAACUGUAAUGCAAUUUUAUUACCAGUGUGAAUUAAAAAGAUUCUUAAAUGUUCAUAGUUGAGUUUGUUUUCUGAUCCCGAAGCCAAAGUUUGAAGAGGCUGGCCCAUGUAUCAACAAAUGUAAUUACUGAACUCUCUUAAAAUGGCUAAAGCUUCAAAAACAUUUAUCGGACAACUACAAAGAAAUAAUAAAUGAAGACAAUUUUAUAUACAGAAUGACAUAAUGAAACAGCAUAUUUUAAUUGCUGAUGGACUAAUACGAGUUGUUUUCAGAUGAAUUAAAUACGGUCUUAUUUCGAAUAAAGCAAGUGAAUUCAAA